UUUUUCCUGUACCCGGUGCCGCCCGUGACGAGAGGAGACGCUCGAUUUGUUCCCUCCCUUCCCUUGCCUUGGAGCGUACGUUUCGACGCGAGGAGAAUCUACCGACCGACCUAUCUACCUACCUGCCUGCCCGCGUGCGUGCAGCAUGAGCGGCGCUCGGCUGACAACAUGGACGCGCUUCUACUUCUCCUGGGCUUCUUGAUGACCACUUGUGCGACUGAUCAAGGUUCAACCUUUAGGCAUUCCUCAAGGACACAAGAAAGUUUAGCGGUGACAAGGUCAACUUUAGGGUCACCCACUGCUUCACCAUCCCAACACGUGACCUUUGGCCUUGUAUCUCCGAGGUCCACGGUGACGCCUGAUCACUCAAAUGCAACACCGCCCCCGGCAGCGUCAGAUUGGCCGCAAAUGACAAAGAUGAUAACGUCAGAGACUUCCCUUCCGCUCGCGUCUGAUUGGCCACAAACAUCAAAGACGAUAUCCUCCCACAUUCCACCUUCAACCGGAUCUGAUCGGCAGCAAACGUCAAAGUCGAUAAUGUCAGAGAUUUCACAGUCGGCUGCAUUCAACUGGCCACAAACGUCAAAGAUGACCAUAUCGGAGACUCCGCGUCCGGCUGUGUCUGAUUGGCCACAAACAUCAGAGAUGACGUCAGAGACGACGUCAGAGACGACGUCAGAGAUUACGUCAGAGACGACGUCAGAGACGACGUCAGAGACGACAUCAGAGACGACAUCAGAGAUCUCAGAGACAACGUCAGAGACAGAAGCAACAUCAGAGAUGAUGUCAGAGAUGAUGUCAGAGAUGACGUCAGAGAUGACGUCAGAGAUGACGUCAGAGAUGACGUCAGAGACGACGUCAGAGACGACGUCAGAGACGACGUCAGAGAUGACGUCAGAGACGACGUCAGAGAUGUCAGAGACGAUGUCAGAGGCGAUGUCAGAGGUGACCUCAGAGGUGACCUCAGAGGUGACCUCAGAGGCGACCUCAGAGACGACCUCAGAGACGACCUCAGAGGCGAGGUCAGAGGCAACGUCAGAGGCGACGUCAGAGGUGACAUCAGAGAUGAAGUCAGAGGCAACAUCAGAGAUGAAGUCAGAGGCAACAUCAGAGACUUCGCCUCCGCCCAAGUCAGAAUGGCAGCAAACGUCAGGGACAAUAACGUCAAAGACUCCACCUCACACCGUGUCUGAUUCGCCACAAACGUCAAAGAUGCCAACGUCUGCGUCUGAUUGGCUGCAGACAUCAAAGACGAUAAUGUCGGAGACUCCGCCGGCCGCAUUUAAUAGACCGAAAACAUCAGAGACGGCAACGUCAGAGACUCCACUUCCGGUCACGUCUGAUUGGCCACAAACGUCCAAGACAUUAACAUCCAAGACUUCAGACCAAUCUGAUUGGAAGCAAACAUCCACCAUGAUAAUAUCAGAGACCCCGGUUCUAACCGGUUCUGAUUGGCCACAAACGUCACAGCCCAUAACGUCGGCGACUACGGCCAUGCCUGAUUGGCGGCAAACAACAAAGGUGAUAAUAUCGGAGACAUCGCCUUCUGACCGGCCACAAACUUCAAAAACAGCGCCGCCUCCGUUCAGCUUAUCAGAUGAGCCGCUUGUGUCAAGUGAGGUCACAACAAAGAUGGCGUUCAGCAUCUCCGCCGUGACAUCAGCGAGCCGAGGCACCCCUGCCACGUCUGACUCUACUCCUGCCGAUCCCGGUCGUCCCACCUCCCCUGGCAGCAGCCCGAUUGGCUCAACUCAUCGCAACACCGCUGCAACCAAUCCCGCCCGGACUCGGGCCGGCACCCCUGCCUCCCUUGUUGUCAGCACUCCCAGCCUUCCUGCGGCCUCUAGCCCCGCUUCUGCCACCUUGCCCACCUCGAUUCUGUUCGCUCCCGCAAGCAGGCCAGCGACAUCUUCAGCCCCGCCCACAAGCCCGGCAGGCCAUGCAUUGGUAACGAUUGCCAUAACAACAAGCAGUCCCGCAGCAACCGGGCCAAAGGUCAACUCGCCCAGUCGGCCUGGCUGUUCGGUGACCUUCGGGAAGGUGAAGGUCGGCGUAAAUUGGGCGCUGCUGACGGUCAACCCCCAAAAAUUGUGCGGCAACUUCACAGCAACGGCGGCGGCCUGGCGUGGCGGCCACGUUAGCGUGAGCGAGUGCCAGCCAGUGGCGGCCGCUGCCCUAAACUUCACCUGCGCCGUCACAGGAUUGCGGGCGGGAAGCACGUACGGCGUCAGCGUCGCCUCGGCCCUACACGGACCACUGGGACAAGUGCAGGUGCGCACAGCUCCUGAGGCGGUGUCGGCGUUGUCGGCCAUGUCGCUUUCAAAUGGCACCGCGUUACGUCUGGCCUGGACGCCCCCGAGUGGCGACUGGGAGAAGUACGGCGUGCUGCUGCGCAACGGCUCGGAAGUUCUGGUCAACGACAGCGUCGGCAAGACGAACCGGGAAUACGUAUUGGCCGCCGGCGAGUUGGGCCUGGUGCCGGGCCGCCUCUACGGCGCCGAGGUCAAGGUCCACAGCGGCAUGCUGGUGAACACGGCGCGUUGCCAAGCACGACUGGCCCCCAGGCCAGUUCAGGAGCUUUGCGUCUAUCGUGUGGACGAGUCCUCCGUAAACCUCCGGUGGCGCCCACCGCGAGGCGAGUGGGACGGCUUCACGACGGUCAUCGGCGCGGCCCGGCCAGACUCGGCCGCUGUCCAGAAGCUCCUCCCCCGGGAGGCCACCGGCUGCGCCUUUGGCACGCUCACCUCGGGACGUCUGUAUACCGUCACCGUGACAACUACCAGCGGCAACCUGAGUAGCUCCGCCUCCAUCAACUUGUGGACCACUCCAUCUCAAGUGAGCGGACUACAGGUUCGUAAUUUGGGAAGCACCGAGAGCCUCCUGGCUGAGUGGGAGCAGGCCAGCGGGGAGGUGGACUUGUACCUAGUCCUGCUGCUCCACGAGGGGAGCGUCAUCAAGAACCAAAGUGUGCCGGCCGAGGACGCCAGUCUGGGUUUCCGUGACCUGAGGCCCGGCGCCCUCUACGGGGUGGUGGUGACAACGGUCCGAGCAGGACUCCGGUCCAGGCAGACGGUGGCCGAGGGCCGCACAGUUCCCGCUGCUGUCGGCGAGGUGACGGUCAGCAACAACGGACGCGUGGACUUCCUUAGCGUGUCCUGGCGUCCCGCUUUGGGGGAGGUGGACAGCUAUCUGGUGGCUCUCAGGGAACGAGACAAGACACUUCACACGCUGGUGGUCUCCAAAAGCAGUCACCAGUGCGAUUUUAGCUCCCUGGUAUCGGGACGCCUCUACAACAUCUCCAUCAGCACCUCCAGCGGAAGCCUCCGCAACCAAACCUCCGUCCUGGAGAGGACCCAACCGUCCAAGGUCCAGAACCCCACCGCGAUCCACGGCGCCCGUGACGACUUUCUGAAGGUGUACUGGCGUCCCGCCUCCGGAGACUUUGACUUCUACCGCGUCGCCAUCACGCACGACAACACGGUGCUGCAGAACCAGACGGUGUCCAGGUUGCGCAACGAGUGCGUCUUUCACGGCUUGGUCCCGGGACGACUCUACACGGUGGUGGUCGGCACGCGCAGCGGCAGCUACGAGGCCAGCGCCUCCACCCACGCUCGCACCUUCCCUGCGGCGGUGCGUUCCUUGCACGUGGCCCGUCAGACCUCGCAGGAGCUUUGGGUGUCGUGGACGGCGGCCCCGGGCGACGUGGACCACUAUCAGGUGCAGCUGCUCUUCAGCGACAUGAAGGUGUUCCCUCCGCUCACCCUGGGCGGCGCCGUGACCGAGUGCCAGCUCACCUCACUCACGCCCGGACGACUCUACAAAGUCUUGGUGUCCACCUUCAGCGGACCCAACCAGAGGACCCAGUUUAUCGAGGGCCGCACCGUUCCCAGCCAGGUGAAGAACAUCCAGGUGACCAACGGCGGCGACAGCAGCAGCUUGAUGGUGAGCUGGACGCCGGGCCAAGGCGACGUGGACCGAUACGUGGUGGUACUGUACAGACAGAACCAUCAACUGGACGCACGGCACCUGCUCAGACAUCAGAAUCAGGUCGAGUUUGGCUCGCUCCAGCCAGGUCAACUGUACGGCGUGACAGUUCAGGCACUGAGUGGCGACCUGUCCAGCCACCUAACGACCAGCGCACGCACAGUUCCGUCGGCAGUCACGGCGCUGCGGGUGGAGAACCCGGUCGGUACCGGCAGUCUAUUGGCGAGCUGGCGGGAAGCGGCGGGCGUGUCGGACGGCUACUUCCUGCAGCUUUUAGACGAACGAGGCGCCAUCCUUGGCAACACCACACUGACCGCUGCGCUCACACGCCACACUUUUGACCAUCUCAGCCCAGGAAGGCAGUACAAGGUCCUGGUCCGGACCACCAGCGGGGGAGUCCAAAGCCUCGUCGCCGCCGCCCAGGCCCGCACACGUCCGGCAGCCGCCACCCAGCUGUCCAUCCAAAGCAACACCAGCACCGCUCUGGCCUUCUGUUGGUCCCGGCCGGCGGGCGACUUGGAUUCGUACGAGGUUCUCCUGUACGGCGCCGACGAGGUUCUGCGGGAGCGGCGUCAGGUCGGGCCUUCCGGCCUUGCCUGCUCCUUCCAAGGACUCAACCCCGGUUCCGCUUACAAGAUGGUGGUGGUCACGCGCAGCGGACAAUUGAGCAACAGCUCCAGCAUUUGGGCCGGCACAGUCCCGUCCGCCGUUACGUCUCUGCGUGCCCAAAGCGGCCAUGCUUGCGACCAGCUGCAGGUCUUGUGGCGGCGAGGCCAGGGCGGCGUGUCAGGGUACCUGGUCUCGCUUUCCGCCCCCAACGGCUCGCUGCGGGCACAGGAGCAUCUAGGCUCUGAGGUCACCCAAUUUGUUUUCAACGGCCUGACGCCAGGUCGGCUUUACCGCGUUGACAUCCUGAGCCUCAGCGGCGAUCUCGCCAACAGCGCCAGCGUGCACGCCAGGACAGCUCCCCGACCGCCCAGCUCCUUCCUCUUCCGAGGGGUGACCAAUACAUCCCUGGACCUCACCUGGAGUGUCCCCCCGGACUCGGAUUUCGACGAUUUCGAGGUGCGCUGGACGCCGGGCGACCGCGGCUCUUUGGUCAACCCGUACGAGAAUCGUCGGUCCGGGAGUCGCAUCGUGAGAGGGAUGUUCCCCGGACGCCUCUACAACUUCAGCCUGCGCACGGUCAGCGGAAGCUCGCAGGGAGGGGGCGAGGCCCCGCCCUCCUACAGCCUGCCCAUCCAGGGCAGCAUCCGCACCAAGCCAUCCCCCGUGGUCGGCCUGCGCUGUCGCCCUCAGAGCUCCACUUCCGUCUCCUGCUCCUGGGCGCCCCCGGAAUCUGACUUUGAUUCCUACGUGGUGGAGUGCGCUCGCGAGGACUCGCAGAGUCUGGUCUACUCGCGGCGUUUGGAUCGGCGCCCGGAGGGGCGUCCGGCCGCGUACGUCAUCGACCUGCUGGAGCCUCACAAGCGCUACAGCGUGCGCGUCAAAGUAAUCUCGGACAACAGCGCCAGCGAGGCAGCCCGGGACGGCGUGCUCACCAUGAUCGACCGCCCCCCAGUGCCGGACAUCGGCACGCAAGUGGACGCCGCCUCGGCCCGGGCGACCCGUUCGUCCAUCCUGUUCCACUUCAACUGCAGCUGGUUCAGCGACAUCAACGGCGCCGUCAAAUUCUUCAGCGUAGUCGUCACCGAGUCCAAAGGUGAAGACCGCAUUCUUCCCGAGCAGCGCCACCCUCUGCCCUCGUACGCCGACUACAUGUCCAACUCGUCCAUCAAGUCGUACCAGACGUCGUUGUUUGCCGCUGCCGCCGGCUCGGCUGAAGCCUGCGCUUAUGACAUCAUCGUGGGGGCCGGGACGGAGGUCUUGGGGGGUUCGUGUGAGCCCACACACGCACGGCGCCACCUGCAACGCUUCUGUGACGGACCCCUCAAAGCCACGACCGCUUACAGGCUGAGCGUGCGAGCGUUCACGCAAGUUCCCGAUGGCUUUUCUCCGCCUCUUUAUGCCGACACCUUCCUGUCGCUACCCGUGCGCACCACAACAGACCCCGCCGGCGCCCUGGUAGGAGGAAUCAUUGCCGCCGUCUUCGUGAUGGUUGCCUUGGCGAUGCUGGUGAUGCUCAUCGUAUACAGGCGACAUGCGCGACCCAAAAUUGUGCAGGAAAGCGUGUCGAUCAAUAUGGGUUUGAGGAGAGACCGACCUUUGCCAAGAAAUCAUCUGGGGCUCAGAGGAAAGCCCUGUCACAUGACAAGCCCCGUCAAGGUGGCCGACUUUGAACGGCACUACAACAAGCUCCAGGCUGAUGCCCACUUCCUGCUUUCCGAGCAGUACGAGAGUCUGAAGGACGUCGGGCGCAACCAGAGCACGGACGCCGCUCUGCUGCCCGACAACCGUGGCAAGAACCGAUACAACAACAUCCUGCCCUACGACGCUACGAGAGUCAAGUUGUCCUACGUGGAUGACGAACUUUGCUCCGACUACAUCAAUGCCAGUUACAUACCUGGCAACAAUUCCCGCCGCGAGUACAUCGCCACCCAGGGGCCGCUGCCGGGAACCAAAGAUGAUUUCUGGAAGAUGGUCUGGGAGCAAAAUGUUCGCAACGUAGUCAUGCUCACGCAGUGUGUGGAGAAAGGACGCGUGAAGUGCGACCGCUACUGGCCGGCAGAACGGGAGCCCCUCUACUACGGAGACCUCAUUGUCCACAUGACCUCCGAGUCGGUGCUGCCCGAGUGGACCAUCCGAGAAUUCAACGUGUGCAGCGAGGACGACAUACGGCGCGUGCACACGGUUCGUCAUUUCCACUUCACUGUGUGGCCUGAUCACGGCGUUCCUGACGGCACGCAGUCGCUGGUCCACUUUGUCCGGACCGUCAGAGACUUUGUCAACCGGAGCGGCGCCGGAGGACCCACCAUUGUGCACUGCAGCGCCGGAGUGGGCCGGACAGGGACCUUCGUGGCGCUGGACCGCCUCCUGCAGCAGUUGGACUCGUCGGACACGCUGGACAUCUACGGCUGCGUAUGGCAAUUGCGCCUCCACCGCUCACACAUGCUGCAGACCGAGCGUCAGUACGCCUUUGUGCAUCAGUGCAUCAGCGACGUGCUGCGAGCCAGGAACUUGAUUGUGUAUGAAAACGUCGGCUUGAGCCAGGCAGAUGCUGUACGGGCGACAUUAACAUCAUAACAUCACACCGUAUGUAUGACGUCAGUGAAAUGAGAAGUCUGGAGAUGUCAUCCAAAUAUGACUGGUGGCCUAUAUGGGUUGUUUUUUAAUUUUAUGCAAGACGAUUUUGCACAUUGCUGUUAAAGGUUGUACAGUAUAGUCAUUUACACUGCGCAAGCUUGUAUAUUAUAUAUUAACUACAUAUUUUAUUUUAUCAUUGUUGUUGAUCUUAGCAAAUUUAUUGUUGCGUAAAGCACACAAAUGCGCACUAUUAUCAAUGUGAUCGAAAUGCAUAUUGAAGUUGCCAUUAAAGUCUUCGUCUUCUGA